UGGUAAUCGUGCCGAUGCAUUCAUCAUAAUCCCAAGCUAACUAAUCGUAAAAAUGAGUUGACUUGUUUCCUUCUUUAUUUUAAAUACAAAUCGAUAUCAAAUAAUUGGGAAUUCGAUCUUUACAUUCAUACUCCUACGCAAAGCCAGCCACCAUGUCGGCAAUGGACAUCGACAGCGGCUCCUCGAAGCCGCAAUCGCGAGCCACCGAAAUUAUUAAUGAGGACAACACCACGACCACCACAUCCUCGCCCUCAACAACCUCCUCCAAGAACACCUCCACAGCCACCCCCAACAAAGACGACGAUCCCGACCCCAUCGUCGCUAGCUACGACGUCUACACGAACGCGCCCCUAGCCGAUAACCGCAAGCUUCUCGUACUCCAAUACCCGAACAAGCAAGGCCCUGUGCGCUCUGUGUACCCGCAGUUUAGUGAAGUGCGACUCAAGACAAAAUCGGGCUUCGUCGAAGUCGACGUGCCGAUGGCCCAUGGACACAUAGACUACGACCGCGAUAAGGGAAUGAAAUGGGGCAGCGCGCUAGCGCGCAGCACGGCAGCGAAGAACGGAGGCACCCAUGGGUUAGCUGGCGGUUUUGGCGUCGGCGUACCUACGAGAUCAGCCGCCGGCGGAGCAGGACGGGGUGCGGGGGCUGGGGCUGGAGGAGCAGGAGGGAGCCGGCAGAACGAUUGGCAGCAUGAGAUCAGCAUGAUGGACUGGAGCGAGGCCGUGCGCCAGGACAAGGUCAUCCGGACGCAGACACUGGGCGGCCAGCUCGCGAUCGAGAAGGAGACGAAUUGUCGAUGGAUGGUUGGCGUGUUUAAAGGAGAUCAACUACACCUCACCCCCGUGACAUCCCUAAUCCACCUCCGCCCGCAAUUCCACCAUCUCGACGCCUACGCCGAACAAGAGCGGCUCUCUCGACCGCGCGAAGGCGGCAGCAGCAGCGGCGCGGGGCCCUCCUCCAGCGGACAAGGCGCAGCCGCCGCAGGCAAAGAAGGCCAAACCCCGCAAGCGAAAGCGAUCCACAUGACAAUCAAGAGCGCAGGCCAAGGCGACGGCGGAGCCAGCGUCGACACGAUGGUCGAGCGGUUACGCAAAGUGCAAACCGAGCCAUGGACGCGGCUGAAGUACGAGCACGAAGACAGCGACAAGUCGUGGAACAUGUUCGGCAGCAGCCUCGUCUACGGCGACGCCCCCGCACCCGCAAACGCGAAGGCAGAAAAAGACGGCGAUAGUAACGGUAGCGUGGGCAAGGGCAAGGAGAGAGCUACGAAAGCCGACGAAGAAGAUGAGGAGGAGAAGGAGAGGAAGAAGAAGCCGAUAUACAAGACGCAGUGGGCCGAGGACGACUUCUUAAAAGCCGUUAGCGGGCUGAGCAGUGCGCAGGGAGAGAUAAAGCCCACCGACGACGAUGUCGAGAUCAAGGCCGAGGUGUUUCACCAGGGCGGCGUACCAGCCGUGAAGAGAGCCCCGGCUAGUGCCGCUAAGGGAAAAGGAAAAGCUGUAGCAGCCCCAGCCACGGCUUCGGGUGCGAAGAAGCCUGCAGGUGUAAGGGGUAAAUCCGUUGCUUUUAAGGAAUAGAUAAAAAUAGGGGUUGGCUGGGAUUUUGGUUCAAGGGGUGGUAGAUCAUUUAAUGCAUGGCUCGGCGUUAUUGGUGCUCAUCUAGCACGCAUUGUAAUUCAUACAGUUGCCUACCUAGUACCGUGUACUCUACAUAGGUAAUUUCUGAAGUAUUAUCUGC